GAUUGUCAAGGCCAUUCCUGUGAUCAGGUUUGUUUUUACUCAGCAGUUUCGCUUUCUUUACAGAACUUGGAAAGUUCAAAAAAAAUUUUGUUUCCAAGAUUACAUAGCAAGAAUCUGUCUGACAUUGACAGACACUUUUUUAAAUAAUGUACAAGAAAAUCAGACGAAGAAAAAAAGAAAAUAGUUAAAGUACAAUGCCAACUUUCGACCUGGUCCAUCAUUCAAACCGGUUUACCUCGGUUAACGUUGAAAACAAGAAAAAAGGGUCAUCGUGCGGUUUCUUCCGUCUGCUUCGUGGUAUCGCGACUGAUGCCUCGGCUGGAUCCGAUUAAUUUAACGUCUACGGUGUGCUAUCCUACCGUAGCAUAAAAUCUCGACAAAAGUCGAACGACCUCAGUUCGGCUUUAGCGUCUUGUCCGGUUUCGUUUUUGCGGCCUCUUCUACGCGACGAAACUUUUUCCUCGCGAACAGUCGUCUGGUAGCUCCCACGGUAGCUGCCACGAUUUCCUCUCCCACGGUUGGCAGACGGUUCAAACUGUUCUAACUCGUGACAAAUUUUGCUAAUGUGUGUUAACUUAAUAUUUUAUCUUAACUUAAGUCAGUAAGUCAGCAGUUACUUGCAGAGACGUCGUGACAGAUAAUGACACUGGAAAAAGUGACUGUUAUUUUAAUCGUCCUUAUUUGGGCCACUGAUUCUCUGGCGGAUUAUAAUCGCACAAAGCGAUCGAGUAACGAAUAUAUACUGCACAGAUGUACAGCUACUGCGGAAUUAAUUAGAAAGCACAGAAAUGAAGAGAUUACAGGAGUCAGCUCGCGCAAGGCCGAAGGAAACUUGGCACAAUCGCAAACGCAACAAAAAGAUUCUCUGAUUGACGCUCAAUCUGAAGCUGCGAAGCAAUUUUCCAGCGGUGUUUACCGACGUAUGACUCAUAUGAGGAGACGCGGUAAUGGACACGCACGUCGAAUCACAAGCAAACGCUUGGCAGAUACACCCCUCAAAACUGUGAAUAUAGACGUAUCACAAGACAGACCAUCGGCCUUCAAGAAGAAGAAUCCAUUACCAGAACUCGCGCGGGAUACAUCUGGUAGAAAGAUUGAGUCGUCACCGAAUGUAAUAAUUAUCAAAUCCGUCACUUAACAUUCUUCCAAUGAUAUUUUAAUUUAUAUUGCCGCAGAUCAUAUAUAAUCUUACUGUAAAUUAGUGUAACAAUGUUCAAUACUUUGUAAUAAUACUAAAGAAAUUAUGCUUAGACAUCUAAAUAUAGAAUUUUGUGGAAUAAUUUAUCGAGUUUGUCUUUCUAGAGAAUUAUUGACGAAUAUUAUUUUUUAUAACUGCGGCUUUUAAAAUAAGAUGAUAUAAUUAAAUUUUCGAAACCUAAAAUAAGUAUUGCGUUAAAUAAAUAAACCUCAAACGUAUUUUCUUUAAUCCAUUUAUAUCGAUAAAUUAUCUACAGUAUGGAUUGUAUGAACAAUUAUUUAUAUUUACACGUUAUAACUAUGUGUUACACAUUGCAGCUAUACUCUCGGAAAACUUCUCCAUCUCUACCUGCAAGUAAAAAUUUCUAGAUAAGUCAAAUGAAAAUAAAGUUUAAGUUUUUUUUUAAGGACAUGUACAUUGUUGGAAAUUGAGAUCUCGAGCAAAGAAACAAUUUACUAAUCACUAUAGCCAAUUAACCGAAUUAUUAAAAUGUGAUCAAUUUUUUCCAUCCGAGAUCUUGGAACGAUUUCUAGUAUCAUGUGGAUUUAAUAUUAUAAAAUUCUAACCUUGGUUACUUUCAUUGCCACUCCUUCUGGCAAAUUUCGUUGAAGAUAUUCUAGAAAAGUAUCUGCUGUUGAUCCGGUCAACUUUAAAAAGUCUAGAUAGCGAUAGUAAGUCCUAAAUUCAUACUGAACACGAUGCUUUUUAUGAACGUGAGCUGACUUUAGCACCGUCCACCGUUC